AUGGCUCCAAGAACCUCUCUUGCAAUCUUCCUUUUCCUUAACCUCAUCUUCUUCUCUUACACUUCUGCUCAAGGCACUUGUCCUAGAGAUGCCUCGCAGCUAAAACCUUGCGUUGAUGGGAUCAUUAAACUGUAUGAUCUAAACUGGGGAAACCAAGUCGUAAGGCCAUGCUGCUCGCUUAUUCAUGAUGGCUUGUCUGAUUCUAAUGCUGUAGCCUGUCUCUGUACGGCUGUCAAGGAAAGCGUUCGUGGCUUCGUCCCUAAUCCUCCCAACGUCCCUAAUUUUCCCACAACUCUCACGUUUCUCUUAAAUUUUUGUGGCAAAAAAGUUCCACAAGAUUUAAAAUGCGUGUAA